UCCACUCAGUUUGCACUAAAGCUGCCCAGUGACCAGGAGUUGGGAGCAGGUCUGGACUGACAUCGCCUCCCAGAUGGCCUCCAGGCUGACCCCGCUGACCCUCCUGCUGCUGCUGCUGUUGGCUGGGGAUAGAGCCUCCUCAAAUCCAAAUGGUACCAGCCACAGCCUCACGGAUCCAGAGAGCCUGCCAGGGGAAAGCAAAGGAGACAUCUUAGAGAAAGAGAUCCUCACAGAUCCAGAGAGCCCGCCAGGGGAAAGCGAAGCAGACAUCUUAGAGAAAGAGAUCCCCACAGAUCCAGAGAGCCCGCCAGGGGAAAGCGAAGCAGACAUCUUAGAGAAAGAGAUCCCCACAGAUCCAGAGAGCCCGCCAGGGGAAAGCGAAGCAGACAUCUUAGAGAAAGAGAUCCCCACAGAUCCAGAGAGCCCGCCAGGGGAAAGCGAAGGAGACAUCUUAGAGAAAGAGAUCCCCAAGAAUCAAUCCAUUCAACACACCACGCCGGCAACCAACUCAACCAUCCCAUUUGCCAAUAGCACUUUGCAGUCAACCACUCAACCUAGCUACCCAACUACCCAGCCCACUACUGGGCCCCUCUGCCCGGCGCCUGAUACUUACUGUCCUGAGUUGGAGACUCCUUCAGCAGAGACCAUACUGGAGGAGGCUUUGAUGGAUUUCUCUGUGAAGCUCUACCACUCCUUCUCGUCAGUGAAGAAGGCCGAGACCAAUAUGAUCUUCUCACCCUUCAGCAUUGCCAGCCUGCUCACUCAGGUCCUGCUUGGGGCUGGGAACACCACCAAGCAAAACCUGGAGACCGUCCUCUCCUACCCCAGCGACUUCGCCUGCGUCCACCAGGCCCUGAAGGCUUUCACGUCCAAAGGCUUCACUUCAGUCUCUCAGAUCUUUCACAGCCCAGACCUGGCCAUAAGGGACGCUUUUAUAAACGCCUCUCGGAACCUGUAUGACAGCCCUAGACUCCUGGGAAAUGACAGUGAUGUCAACGUGGAUCUCAUCAACAGUUGGGUGGCAAAGAACACCAACCACAAGAUCGAAUACCUGCUGGAUAGCCUGCCCUCCGACACCCGCCUUGUUCUCCUCAAUGCUAUCUACCUAAGUGCUAAAUGGAAGACAGCAUUUGCUCGCACAAAAACCAGGAAGGAGCCCUUUCACUUGAAAUCCUCUGUGAUAAAAGUGCCCAUGAUGACCAGCAAGAAGUACCCAGUGGCCCAUUUCACUGACCCGACGUUGAAGGCCAAGGUGGGGCAGCUACAGCUCACCCACAACCUGAGUAUGGUGAUCCUGGUACCCCAGAACAUAAAACACAGUCUCGAAGACAUUGAGCAGGCUCUCAACCCCACUGUCUUCAAGGCCUUCAUGAAGAAGCUAGAGAUGACCAAGUUCCAGCCCACACUCCUGAUGAUGCCCCGAUUCAAGCUCAAGAACAACCAGGACAUGCUGGCAGUCAUGGAGAAUCUGGACUUCUAUGACUUUUCUUACGACCUCAACCUGUGCGGGCUGACAGAGGACCCGGACCUUCAGGUCUCUGCGAUGCAGCACCAGUCGAUGCUGGAGCUGACGGAGAGCGGGGUGGAGGCGGCGGCCGCCUCGGCGGUCUCGGUGGCCCGCAACCUGCUGCUCUUCGAAGUGCAGCAGCCCUUCCUCUUCCUGCUCUGGGACCAGCAGCACAGGGUCCCGGUGUUCAUGGGGCGGGUGUACGACCCCACAGCCUGAGCCCUGCGCCUCUCAAGCCCCAGCCUGCCCAUGCUGCAGCCCUCCCUGCUGCUGCUGUCUGGACUUGCCCCCACCCUCCUCCUGCCUCUGGUGUCCUCUGUCCUCCACCUGGAGGGUGCCCUCGGGGCCUGGUAGCCCUUCCCUGUGACUCCAAACCACUUCUGCAGCUUUCUCUGGUUCAAGUUCACUAAACUCUACAAAUAAAACCUGGCAGAUCCCGA